GAAACUAAGUUCUUUGAUAAAGUUUUUUCAAUAGAUUCAACCAUUAAAGCAGAGGUUGCUACUGUGAACUCUAAUAUUGUUCAUGGUUCUAUGGCAACUGAGAUUUUACUGGUCAAAAAUAGGCCUAAACAGGUACAAUGUUUACCAUUUUUACCAUCAUCUAAUUUUGGAUUAAAAAUCUUGAUGGGUAAAGAUGAAAUGAUUGAUUUUAAAGAUUUCUUAGGCAAAAAUUUUUUGUUAAAAUUAAAAAAAACUAGUUAG